GAGGCACGUGUACAGACAUUUUGGGGGGCAGGUGCUCAAACCAAAACAAAAGGGCACCCAUCGCCAAAAUUAUUCAUGAAAUUAAAAACACUAAUAAAAUAAAUAAAUAAAAAACACAGUAGGAUAUUUUCCCUGUCCUUCUGCUUUUAGAGUCUUUUGUAAAUGAGACAAAGAAUGUUGUGCAUAAUAAUAAAAAAGCUGACAGCUGAGCUUUUGUGUUGAAGCGUAAGCAGCGUUAAUAUACCACAACAUACCUCACCAGACUGUCACGUAGCUCAACUUAAGACCUACCUUUCAUUUCAACAAUUGUGUAUUAAACAAAACAGUUAAUGGUUAGUGGUAGACUAACCAUUUCAAAGCAAAGGAUUUCAUUUGGAGUCAGAAUGACCCGAGACAACACAACCUUGCGUUCCAGAUAACCUUCAGAUGAUGUUGCAAUGUCAACAAAGUAGAGGCGACGAAGGGAUGCAGCUGUCAACAAUGCAAAUAGACUGUUUAAAUAGACUGCUGAUUUUAAGUUCUGAAGUGACAUGGCUGCGAGAUUUGUUAAUCAAACAGCCGUGACGUAAUUCUUUAUAUAAAAAAGAGGCAAAGUUGUGCUGACUUUUUUGUAUUGUUUGCGUCUAGUGCGAAGGGACAGAAACAUGAUGUGGAAGCUUGUUUUUGUGAUUAUUGCUGCGGUCUCCUUCAUCGGUUUAGCACAAAUACCAGGAGGGUUUACGGACAUAUCGAUAAAUGAUGAAGGCGCGAAGGAAGCCCUCGACUUUGCCGUCCUCAUACACAACAGACACAGCAACGAUUUCUACAUCCGCGUGGUGACAGAUGUGAUCAAGGUUCAGGUUCAGGUGGUGGCUGGUUCGCAGUACUUAAUAACUGUGAGAAUGGCACGGACCCCCUGCAGAAAGUACGACGCAAAUGAUGUGUGUGCCCCCGACCCAGACCCAGCUUGGGCUCAGCCCUACCAGUGCAUAUUCACCGUGUGGAGCCGCCCAUGGAUUAAUGACGUCAGAUUGACUAAUCAGGAAUGCUAGAAAGAGAACUACGGAGGAAAUCUUCAUUAUGUUUUCCUAUAGAUGAUGCACAACAUGUUAUCAUUCUUAAAGUCAAUGUAUUCACUGUUAUACAUAAUCACUAAACCAAGUACAGAACAAAUAAUUGUGUACUGAGUUGUUGACGUGGAUAUUGAAUUUUUUUUAAAAUGAAAUGAAUUAAAGUAGCAUGGGAACAUUC